AUGUCAAAUAAUUCAUUCUUGGACAAACCGUUACUUAAAGUCAGCCGGCCCGUGGCUGCGUGCUCCAGAUGUCGGACGGCCAAGAUCAAGUGCGACGGCAAGCUGCCUGCUUGUUCCGCCUGCGAGAGAGUCGGAAAGGCCAACACCUGCUCCGGCGCCAGUGACGAAUUCGCCCGAGGCAAAGAGAGAAGCUACGUCGCCUCCUUGGAAGGCUACUGCGAAAGACUUGAGAGCCGAAUCGCAGACCUCCGCCGUCGCAAAGAAUCGCUCUCCACCGACGAGUCGGGGUACGUGCGGCAAAGCUCGAUCACCUCGCGAUCGUCCGCCGAUACCGUUGGACACGCGCAUCGGAAAGAAGUUUCGGAUAUCGAUGAUCUAGUAGGAGACUUUGGUUUCCUGUCUGUCAACGCAACCUCCAGGGAUUUCAAUGGAAUCCAGUCCAACACAUCUUUUGCCAAUCUUCUCCUAUCCCUUUCUACCGCCGAGCCUAUACCCAAGCAGUCGACCCAACUGCUCCCCGCCCGUCAUGAAAUCACUUCACUCUUGCAACAUUAUUUCGACACCUUUUUCACUCAACUGCCCUUCUUUGCCGAGACGGGAUUUUGGACCUCGGUGGAUAUUGUCUACCAGGCCGGCGGCCGCUUUGCAAAGCCCUUUGAUCAUUGGUUUAUACGAAUGGUAUUAGCCAUCACGUACGCGUCGAUAUCGUAUCAAUUCGGCGACCAGAAUUAUCAGAAUGCCCUGUCCUUAGUCUCCUCGGCUUUGGAUUAUGCCGAGGAAGUCCUGCAGCCGGGAUCCAUCGCCGGCAUCCAGGCCAUAUUGCUACUUGCCCAGUAUUCUCUUGUUGACCCCAAACAUUUUCGGUCCUGGUAUCUCGUGGGCAUGGCCGUCCGGGUCAUGGUUGAUCUGGGCCUGCACCAGGAUCCCCCGUCGGAUGUUCCGGCGACAGAGGAACAGCUAGAUAUCCGCCGCAGGGUUUGCCAUAGUGUUUACUCCCUGGACCGGAGUGUCAGCACUGCGAUGGAGCGGACCUUCUCGUUUUCUGAUGAUUCGAUCAACGUCGCUCUGCCGUCGGCACCGGCUCCCCUCAGUACCGGAUUGACCGAGCAGAGCCAUAUCUUUCUACACAAUUCGGAGCCGGCAUGGCACUUGGUUAAGAUUCGACAGAUUUUAUCAGCGGCGUAUCAGAGGAAAUACUUCAACGUGUCUGAUUCCGUUCCGCAUUCGCUCGCCUCUAACUGGACCCUGUUCGCGAAGACCCGCGAGUGGUUUGACCAUGCCCCCAAGGCCACCCCACGCUACUUCCCAAUGCUAUAUAAAUUGGAGCUCCUCUACACGAACGUGAUGACCCUGUCGCCCACCAGUCAAUAUUCCACUCUGUGCGAUUACGACAAAGUUCUGUUGUUUGAUCGAUGCAUCCAGUACAUCGCCGAACUCUACCGGAUCUUACAGAACGACAGCUGGUUGCCGUAUCUGACCUUCCUCGAUAUCCAGCGAGCGUAUCAGGUGGGCGAGCGCUUCAUCGACCUCGUCGCCCGGGAUUUCGAUCUCGUGCUAAGCCCCUCCGUGCCGGAGCUACCGCCGCUUCCCUACGAGACGCUGGUCCCGCCGACAUUAGAGGUCGACCGCACGAUCAACUGCCAGGGUCGGGCUAUGGAAUGCGUGUUUCGCACCCAGAACAUCCUCCAGCUUGGCGUGAGGAAAUGGAAGAUCACCGGGCUAUUCGACGCCUUCCAACAGCACUCGACCUGGCUCCGGGGACAGCUGAUGCAGCCAUCGGUUGCCUACCUGCCAGCAUCUGGAGCUUACGUCUCCGGCCCGUUACCCCCCACGGGGACUGGGUAUGCCGGGUAUAAGCAGUACACAUAG